GAAAGUCCAGUCCAGCAUGGAGAAGAAAGAGCCCAAAGAGAUAGAGAAAAUUAUUAGAAUUAAUUAAUUUUUCUGAGAAGAAAGAAGGAGUCUGUUUUUCAUACGUUUUCGUUCUCAUAGUAUCCAAAACUAACAGAAAUUACGCCUCUCUAUCAUUCGUGAUAAACAAAACCCUAAUCUCCCCCUCUCUCGCCCAAAUUCUUUCUCCAGAAAAUCUCAAACCCUCAACGCAUUACAAUCUAUCCCUUCUCUUUACGUCUCUCAUUCUGCGACACUGAAACUCUCCCUCUCUCUCUCGCUCUCUCUAUCUCUGUGUCUCUGCUUUGAAACGCAUUGUUGGGAAUUUGGCAAUAUUAACACUUCGAGAGCGGUUAUUGAAACGGUUACGUUUUGGGCUAUAGCUUCCUUUAAUCAUAGCGCGCUAGGGUUAUUUCUCCCUCGCUUUGGCUGUUUUCUCCUCCUCUCCAUCUAUAGUUUUCCUUUCCAUUUUUCAAAAAAAUUAAAAUUAAAUUAUUGUUUGUUUCUGUUCUAACCCUAAAACGUUGCAGUAACACAGAUACAGGUAUGUGUGUGUGACUAGGGUUUCUAUUUGUGCACAUUAUUCCUUUGAAUGGGGGUUCUGACUCUGAUUAUAUUUGGUCUCUGAGGUCCUGAAAUUAUACUGUUUGAUGGGUCUGAACUCGUGUUACAGAGUCGUGGGUGUUGUUUCGUUCUCGCUAUAAAUUUUUUUUGAACCUUAGUAUUUCGGCGUUUUGGAAGGUAUUCGUUACGGAUGAGGGCCUAUUGAGCGUGUCUGUUUGUUUUCUGCAAAUCCAUCUUCAAUUGAAAUGGAGGUGGAGAGAGAUGGAGAGACGUGGAGACAGAGGGGCUUUUGAUUAUAUUCCAUUGCGUUUUAUGUAAAGUCUCGCAUCUUGUUCAUGCCAUUGCUGUUGUUCUUGGGCUCUCUGGUCUUGUACUAACUUCACAAUCUGCUUCUUUCAAAUCUUAUUCUAUUUAAGCCUGAUUUUGCCAUAUAGAGAACAACCAAUCUGCCAAACACUUAACAAUUUAAUUUCUGUUUAGUAUUGUUUCUUUUUCAAUUUCUGAGUUGAACAAUUGGUUGCGAGUGGAGUAAGGUUGGAUGUUUUAGUUUUAGUGGAAAGAAGACAGGAUUAGGGAUAGAAGGUGGUGGGUUUUUUUUUAUAGAAAGACUAUAAUUCUGUUAGGAGAAGAGGGGAGGGGGUGAAAAAGGUGAGAAGUAUUACUUUUUCUUUUUUAAUCUGAUGAUGUUCAGUACUGCUUCUUAUGGAAAGAAGUGAACCCACAUUAGUUCCAGAAUGGUUGAGAAGUUCUGGGAGUGUUUCAGGGGGAGGCAGUUCAGCCCACCACACUGCAUCUUCUUCUUCCCACUCAGAUGUUUCGUCGUCAGCACAUCAUGCUAGAAACAGGAAUUCUAAGAGCAUAAGUGAUUUUGAUUCCCCGCGAUCGGCGUUUCUUGACCGAACAUCUUCUUCUAAUUCCCGGAGGAGUUCCAGUAAUGGGUCUGCAAAGCAUGCAUACAGUAGUUUUAGUAGAAGUCACCGUGACAAGGAUCGAGAAAGAGACAAAGAGAGGUUGAAUUUUGGGGACCAUUGGGACUGUGAUGUUCCUGAUCCUUUGGGAAGCAUACUGUCAAGUAGAAGUGAGAAGGAUACUUUGCGGCGUACCCAUUCGAUGGUGUCAAGGAAACAGGGUGAGGUAUUACCUCGAAGAUUUACAGGGGACUUAAAAAAUGGGAGUAACAGCAAUCAUGUGAAUGGCAAUGGUUUGAUUUCUGGGAUCAGUGUCGGUAGCAGCAUUCAGAAGACAGUGUUUGAAAAGGAUUUUCCCUCACUUGGGAGUGAAGAGAGACAAGGAGUGCCUGAUAUAGGAAGGGUUUCAUCUCCUGGCUUGAGCACAGCUGUCCAAAGCUUGCCUGUUGGUAGUGCUGCUUUGAUUGGUGGGGAAGGAUGGACAUCAGCUCUGGCUGAGGUGCCCGCUAUAAUAGGAAAUAGUGGCAGUGGUUCCUUAUCUGCUGUACAAACUGUUGCUAGUUCAGCACCUGGGACUCCAAGUACAAUGGCUGGUCUCAAUAUGGCUGAAGCACUGACUCAGGCUCCAUCAAGAACUCGUGCUGCUCCACAGGUAACUGAGCAGUUGUCUGUCCAAACUCAAAGGCUUGAGGAAUUGGCUAUUAAGCAAUCGAGGCAAUUAAUACCAGUAACACCUUCAAUGCCUAAGAGUUCGGUUCUCAAUUCAUCCGAUAAAUCAAAACCCAAAACUGCAGUUAGAGCUGGUGAGAUGAACAUGACCGCCAAGAGUCUGCAACAACAGCCCUCUUCAUUGCACCCUGCCAAUCAAGCUGUUCUUGGGGGACAUGUCAAAGCUGAUGCACUAAAGACAUCUCAUGGGAAGCUCUUUGUUCUCAAGCCGGGAUGGGAAAAUGGUGCAUCCCCCUCUCCAAAGGAUGUUGCUAGUCCUAAAAAUAAUGUCAGCAGAGGAUCAAAUAGCCAACUUGCUGUUCCUUCAGUUCCAUCUGCACCUUUGAGGAGCCCAAACAAUAUGAAGCUUUCUUCUGGGGAACGCAAGUCUGCUAACUUGAAUUUGAUUUCAGGGUUCAAUGUGGAAAAGAGACCUUCUAUGUCUCAAACCCAGAGCCGAAAUGAUUUUUUUAACCUCCUGAAAAAGAAAACCUCAACGAACACUUCUGCAGCUCUCCCUGAUUCACCCUCUGCUCUUUCAUCUCCCACCAGUGAGAAAUCCCGUAACGUGAGCAAGGAAGUAGUCAGUGCUCCUGCAAGUCUUCAGGGUAUUAAGAAUGGUGCUGAGUUGACUAGCAAUGGUGGCACAUGUGAAGAGAUUCAGAGAUUUUCUGAGGAAGAAGCUGCAUUCCUUCGUUCACUUGGUUGGGAAGAAAAUUCUGGGGAGGAUGAGGGCCUCACGGAAGAGGAGAUCAAUGCUUUCUAUCAGCAGUGCAUGAAAUUGCAGCCGUCCUUUAAACUCUGCCCAGGUAUGCAGCAAAAGCUGUUUGAAUCUCAUGCACCUGUUAUGGGUGGAGCUUCAUCUGAGCUCAGCUCUACUGACUCUGGAUCAGAAAUUUGAUGCUGUUCCCCUGAAUACUAGAUCCAAGAAAUUCCAAUUUUUGAUGGCAGAUGGUUAGUCUUUUUUUUUUUUUUUCCUCUUUUUUCUUUUUUCUUUUGAAGAAAGCUGAUGAGUUGAAUGUGAAAGGAAGGGUGGAUAUUUGGUGAAACUCUGCAUUUUGCAAAUAGUGCAAUAAGUCACAGGUGCCUCAAUCCUGCCUUCCCAAUUGAGGGGAAUUUUCAAAGGUGUCAAGAUUGGUUUUGGGAGAGGGUAGGAUAGGAACUAUUUUGUAUGAAAUGGAAGAUGCUGGAGAAAUUGCAUCUUUUGGGGGUAUUUUGGUUUUUUCUUUCUUUUCAAGAGGGUUUGAUUCUACAAAGAAAAAAAAAAGGCUUAUGGUGUUUUUUUUUUUUGUCAAUUUUACGGAAAAAAGGAAAUCAAAAAGUUUCAUUUUUAGUCUAGCUCAUGUUGAUGGAAUUAUUUCUCGAGUUCUCCCUUGGGCCUCUGUCUCCCUAAGCAUUAUAGAAUAGAAGAAAAUAGUGGUCUUUAUUGUUGUGCU